CCGGUUCCGCCCCCACCGAGGGACAGAGCGUGAUGGCGGCAGACGAGAAGUUGUCAAGAGGGGGCGUUGGAGAGGCCGUGGAGGAAGAGCAUCCCGGGGCUCUGGAACCCGGGGCCGCCCCAUUCGGAAAUUUCCCUCAUUAUUCCCGCUUCCACCCUCCCGAGCAAAGGCUCCGCCUUCUGCCCCCGGAGCUUCUUCGGCAGCUCUUCCCUCCCGAGGGUCCCGAGAAGAGGCCGAUCCUAGGGCUGGACGUGGGGUGUAACUCCGGGGAUCUGAGUGUGGCUCUGUACAAACAUUUCCUUUCCCCGUGCGAUGGGGAGACCUGCUCCGGUGCAUCCAGAGAACUGCGCAUCCUCUGCUGUGAUAUAGAUCCAGUCCUUGUGGAGAGGGCUGAAAGAGACUGUCCCUUCCCUGAGGCUUUGACCUUUAUCACCCUGGACAUCAUGGAUCAAGAGAACAGGAAGGUUCCCUUGAGUUCUUUCGUAAGCCAGUUUGGCCGUUCCGUUUUUGACAUCGUCUUCUGCAUGUCAGUGACCAUGUGGAUUCAUCUGAACCACGGGGACCGUGGUCUGUGCGAGUUCCUGGCCCACAUCUCCUCUCUCUGCAGCUACCUCCUCGUGGAGCCACAACCCUGGAAGUGUUACCGGGCAGCUGCAAGGCGCCUGCGCAAGCUGGGACUCCACAGUUUUGAUCACUUCCGCUCGCUGGCCAUCCGAGGUGACAUGGCCAACCAGAUCGUGCGGAUCUUGACGCAGGACCACGGGAUGGAGUUAGCGUGCUGUUUUGGCAACACCAGUUGGGACCGAAGCCUUCUGCUCUUCAGAGCAAAGCACACCCGCGAGACUCAGGCAAUCCCUGAAUCGUCAACAAAAGAGACACGGACAGAUUAAGAUUCCGAGGGCCAUGGGACACAGACCAGUAAAGAGAUACCGUGGAGUUUUAACACCGAGAAUCGAGUUGGAUCCCAGAGACAUCAGGCAGCCUUGAGACCUGGCAGGAGCUUUUGGCAAAGUGUCUGAAGCAAGCGGCUGAAAGACACAGUCCGUGUUCCCGGUUGUUUGGAAUAGCCCCCACGGGAAUGAGUUCACGGGACAAUGAAUGAGGCAGCUGGACGGAGAUUAUGUUCCUAAGGAGUGAAACUGCUCUUUUGGAAGUUGUUUUGUUUGCUGAGGAGCAUUUGGGUAUCGGGUGUGCUGGGCAGCAAGUCUACCACCAAACCUCAUCUCCAGCUCUAAGGGGUUAUUUAUUAAAAAAAGAAAGAA